GUUCUUCGUCCGGCCCGUGUUUUGGGCGAUGCACUGUUGUGCGUAUUUAUUUCACCUCGCUCCGCAGUGCUCUCAAUCCAAAAUGGCUGCAGGAGAGAACAACAGUAGACCUCCGUGUCUCAGUUUCUCCAGCCCCGGGCCUCUAGGCAACGUUCAGCCGAGCAACAGCGCUCAUUCUGCGGCUGCCACCAACGGGGGGUUAGGGGGACCGACCGGUGGGGCGCAAAGUGGAGCUCGGAGGACGAACCCGCAACCGGGGCCUGGCGCCGUCGAAGGCGCCGGUGCCGCAGUAGGGGCCUCGCCGAACGCGCAGAACUGUAACCCGCAGGCGGCGGCUCAGAGCGCCGCGGUCGCAGCCACGGCCGCUGGAGGGAUGGCUACCUCGGCGAUGAACAUGACACCGACAUCGAACGCAUCCGCGGCGGCGGCAGCACUGGCUGCUCAUUCGGCGCUUUCUAGCGCACCAGCGGCAGCCGCGGCCGUGUUGGUGUACCGGGAGCCCGUGUAUAACUGGCAAGCCACGAAAAGCACCGUUAAGGAGAGGUUUGCGUUUCUCUUCAACAACGAGGUGCUGAGUGAUGUGCACUUUUUAGUAGGCAAGGGGAUGGGAGUCCAGCGAAUUCCAGCGCACAGGUUUGUGCUGGCGGUAGGCAGCGCCGUGUUCGACGCGAUGUUCAACGGAGGGAUGGCCACGACCUCUACAGAGAUCGAGCUGCCCGACGUGGAGCCCGCGGCCUUCCUCGCGCUGCUGAAAUUCCUGUACUCUGACGACGUGCAGAUCGGGCCGGAAACGGUGAUGACCACCCUGUACACGGCCAAGAAGUACGCAGUGCCCGCGCUCGAGGCCCACUGCGUGGAGUUCCUGAAGAAGAACCUGCGCGCGGAUAACGCCUUCAUGCUCCUCACGCAGGCGCGGCUGUUUGACGAGCCCCAGCUGGCCAGCCUGUGCCUGGAGAACAUCGAUAAGAACACCGGCGACGCCCUGGCGGCAGAGGGCUUCACCGACAUCGACCUGGACACGCUGGUUGCGGUGCUGGAGCGGGACACGCUGGGCGUGCGGGAGGUGCGCCUCUUCGCCGCGGCGGUGCGGUGGGCGGAGUCAGAGGCGCAGCGGCAGCAGCUGCAGCCCACGGCGGAGAACAAGCGGCGGGUCCUGGGGAGGGCGCUGACCCUCAUCCGCUUCCCCCUGAUGACCAUCGAGGAGUUCGCCGCGGGCCCGGCGCAGUCGAGCAUCCUGACGGACAGGGAGGUGGUGAGCCUGUUCCUGCACUUCACGGUGAACCCCAAGCCGCGGGUGGAGUUCAUCGACCGGCCGCGCUGCUGCCUGCGGGGCAAGGAGUGCAGCAUCACGCGCUUCGGCCAGGUGGAGAGCCGCUGGGGCUACAGCGGGACCAGCGACCGCAUCCGGUUCUCGGUGAAUCGGAGGAUAUUCGUGGUGGGCUUCGGGCUCUACGGGUCCAUACACGGCCCCACAGAUUACCAGGUCAACAUCCAGAUCAUCCACACAGACAGUAACACGGUCCUGGGACAGAAUGACACGGGGUUCAGCUGUGACGGGUUGCCCAGCACCUUCCGCGUGAUGUUCAAGGAGCCGGUGGAGAUCCUGCCCAACGUCAACUACACGGCGUGCGCCACCCUGAAGGGCCCGGACUCGCACUACGGCACGAAGGGCAUGCGCAAGGUGACCCACGAGUCGGCCGCCAGCGGCGUCAAGACCUGCUUCACCUUCUGCUACGCCGCCGGCAACAACAACGGCACCUCCGUGGAGGACGGACAGAUCCCCGAGGUCAUCUUCUACACAUAAUGACCCCUGACCCCUGACCCCUGGGCGGGGCGGGGGUGGGCU